AGUGUGACGGGAAAGGUACUCGUGCCUGGAGUGGUUGCAAAAUCCCUGCCAUGGGGAAGAAAUUGAGCUCACAGGCACUUGGCACCAUGGCCCAGAGCAGGGCGCUGCUGCUCCUGCUGCUGUUGCCUCUGCAGCUGCAGCUGGGAUGGGUGCUGGCGGUGAGGACCCCAGUGUUUGACCGAAGUGCCUCCCCCAACCUGAGCCCUGAAGAGAACGAAUUUGUGGAGGAGGAGCCAGUGCUGGUUCUGAGUCCCGAGGAGCCGGUAUCUGGCCCAGCCACGACAGACUGCCCUCGAGACUGUGCCUGCUCCCAGGAGGGUGUUGUGGACUGCGGGGGCAUCAACCUUCAUGAGUUCCCAGGAGGCCUGCCUGAGCGCACCAACCAUCUGUCCCUGCAGAACAACCAGCUGGAGAAAAUCUACCCUGAGGAGCUUUCCCGGCUGCAUGGGCUGGAGACCCUCAACCUCCAGAACAACCGCCUGACUUCCCGAGGGCUCCCAGAGGAGGCGUUUGAGCAUCUGACCAACCUCAAUUACCUGUACUUGGCCAAUAAUAAGCUGACCUUGGCACCUCGGUUCCUGCCAAACACCCUAAUCAGUGUGGACUUCGCUGCCAACUAUCUUACCAAGAUCUACGGGCUCACCUUUGGCCAGAAGCCAAACUUGAGGUCCGUGUACCUGCACAACAACAAGCUGGCAGAUGCCGGGCUGCCGGACAACACGUUCAAUGGCUCCAGCAACGUCGAGAUUCUCAUCCUGUCCAGCAACUUCCUGCGCCACGUGCCCAAGCACCUGCCUCCUGCCCUCUACAAGCUGCACCUCAAGAACAAUAAGCUGGAGAAGAUCCCACCAGGUGCCUUCAGUGAGCUGAGCAACCUGCGUGAGCUGUACCUGCAGAACAACUACCUGACUGAUGAGGGACUGGACAAUGAGACCUUCUGGAAGCUCUCCAGCCUGGAGUAUCUUGAUUUGUCCAGCAACAACCUGUCGCGGGUGCCCUCCGGGCUGCCGCGCAGCUUGGUGCUGCUGCACCUAGAGAAGAACGCCAUCCAGACCGUGGACGCGGACGUGCUGACCCCCAUUCGGAGCCUCGAGUACCUGCUGCUGCACAGCAACCAGCUGCGCGCGAACGGCAUCCACCCCCUGGCCUUCCACGGCCUCAAGCGACUGCACACAGUGCACCUGUACAACAACGCCCUGGAGCGGGUGCCCAGCGGCCUGCCCCGCCGCGUGCGCACCCUCAUGAUCCUGCACAAUCAGAUCACCGGCAUCGGCCGCGAAGACUUCGCCACCACCUACUUCCUGGAGGAGCUCAACCUCAGCUACAACCGCAUCACCAGCCCGCAGGUGCAUCGCGACGCCUUCCGCAAGCUGCGCCAGCUGCGCUCCCUCGACCUCUCCGGCAACCGGCUGCAAACGCUGCCUCUGGGGUUGCCACGCAACGUGCACGUGCUGAAGGUGAAGCGCAACGAGCUGGCUGCCAUGGCUCGGGGGGCGCUGGCUGGCAUGGCCCAACUGCGUGAGCUCUACCUCACCAGCAACCGGUUGCGCAGUCGGGCCCUGAGCCCCCGCACCUGGACAGACCUUGCCCAUCUGCAGCUGCUGGACAUUGCUGGGAAUCAGCUCACUGAGAUCCCCAAUGGGCUCCCCCAGUCGCUCGAAUACCUGUACCUGCAGAACAACAAGAUCAGCGCCGUGCCCGCCAAUGCCUUCGACUCCACGCCCAACCUCAAGGGCAUCUUUCUCAGGUUUAACAAGCUGGCUGUGGGCUCUGUGGUGGAAAGCGCCUUCCGGAGGCUGAAGCACCUGCAGGUCUUGGACAUAGAAGGCAACUUUGAGUUUGGCACCGUUUCCAAGGACCGGGGUCAGUUGGAGAAGGAAGAAGAUGAGGAGGAUGAGGAGGAUGAGGAGGAAGCGGACAGGCGAUAGUGACCAGGGGAACUGGAUAGAGGACGCUGGACCACCGGAUUCCUUUCUGCAGCACGUGCCUGUGCCUGUGAGCCCCCACUCUGCCACUUCACAGACACACCCUCCCAAAGGUCUUCCUCUGUGCCCCACCCAUCUCCUCCAUCACUCCUUGGGAGUCAUGCAGACUUGGGAUCUGACCCUGCUCUGGCAUUCACGGGUACCUGCUCCCUGCUGGUCCACGGACACAUAUGUGUGGGCGUGCACACACACACACACACACACCAGUUGUGUGCAAACAGCCCUCUGUGGCCUAUGCCACCAACAACUUGUCCCAGUCAGAAACAGCUCAUCAUUUGCCCAUCUGUCCAUCCAUCCGUCUGUCCCCUGGAGAAGACACAGAGCGAUCUCUAUGGCAUCUGUGGCCAGAUGCCUACCACCUCUGGAACUCACAAAAGCUGGCUUUUGUACUUUUCCUUCCUGACUGUGGCCCUGGCACUGGCUGUCCUGCCUUUCAGUUGCUAGGGCAGUCACAGUGCCAGGGCCCCUCCUGUGACCCCCUGGCACCCCCAGGGACCACUGCGAUGGGCAAGCCCCACUGAGGCUUGCUGGGAAAGUCUCCUGGGGCAGGACUGUGGUGGAGGUGUUGGGGCCAGGCCGGGUGAGAGGGAAGGGCUCAGCUGCACCACGAGAUUAACUCUUUGAUUCGUUGGCCUGUGGGGAGUUCUGUUUUUUUAUAAUUUUAUAAGAAAAAAAGGUUAAAAAUGUCAAAGCUGAUUUCUCUUGUUACAGAAAAACUAAUAUAAAGCAUUACCGCUGU